ACACGAGGGGAUAAAAUAAAAAUAGAGAAAGCUUGUUGCGACUGCGCGAAUCAGAAAAGGAGAGUGAAGUGAGUGUGAAAGACGAGACGAACGAGAGUAAAGAAGGAAUCAAUCUCGAAAGAUCUUUGAAGAAGAAGAUGGGAGUUGAGAAGCAAGUUGUUAGACCUGGAAAUGGACCCAAGCCAAAUCCCGGCCAGAACGUCACUGUUCACUGCACCGGUUACGGGAAAAACGGUGACCUUUCUCAGAAGUUCUGGAGCACAAAGGAUCCUGGUCAGAACCCCUUCACUUUCAAAAUCGGUCAAGGUUCUGUUAUCAAAGGAUGGGAUGAAGGUGUCCUUGGCAUGCAAAUCGGCGAAAUUGCUCGUCUUCGGUGCUCUCCUGAUUAUGCCUAUGGUGCCAGUGGCUUUCCUGCUUGGGGAAUACAGCCCAACUCUGUCUUGGAAUUUGAGAUCGAGGUCUUAAGUGCACAAUGAAAACCUUUUUAGUCUGUCCUGCGGUAAACUAUUGUUAUGAGUUGAGUAUCCUACAUUUCCUUGGACAUGUGUAAGUGAUAUCUACGGUGGUUGAGUUGUUGAACUUGAAUACUAAAUAAAAUUCCACUGAUAUCAAACUCUCGAAGUAUUAAUAUUUGGUAGUGUUUACUGUAUCUCUUACCUAUUUCCUUAUCAAUUUGUUGAUCAAUAUUAUUCGGCAA